AUGGCAGCCUCCAUACGCCUCCGCCGUCUCGGCGCGGUCGCCGCCUUGGCCGGAGGCGCCUGCUUCACCGUUCUCAGCACCCCUCCGGUCUCUUCCAGCGACCGUGGAACCCUCGGCCCCACCCUUGCCAGUGUGAAGCAGAAAAUUGCGGACCCUUUCGCCGUUGUACCGUCUCGCGCCGUCCAGGAGUCGGCUUUGAUCGGCUCCAGCGCGGCAAAUCCACUGGACGUCCUCGUCAUCGGCGGCGGGGCCACCGGCUGUGGGGUCGCGCUGGAUGCGUCCACGCGUGGUCUUCGGGUCGGGCUUGUCGAGCGGGACGAUUUCUCGUCCGGCACUUCCUCGAGGUCCACUAAGCUCAUCCAUGGAGGAGUUCGCUAUUUGGAGAAAGCUUUUUUUAACUUGGAUUAUGGCCAGUUAAAGCUAGUCUUCCAUGCCCUGGAGGAGCGAAAACAAGUUAUCGACAAUGCUCCCCAUCUCUGCCAUGCUCUGCCUUGUAUGACUCCAUGUUUUAGCUGGUUUGAGGUGGUAUACUACUGGGCUGGUUUGAAGAUGUAUGAUCUCAUAGCUGGGCGACGCUUGCUUCACUUGUCUAGAUACUAUUCCGCACAGGAGUCAGUUGAGCUUUUCCCCACUUUAACAAGAAAGGGCAACGAUCGGAGCCUGAAAGGGACUGUUGUCUAUUAUGAUGGACAAAUGAAUGAUUCACGUCUGAAUGUUUCAUUAGCAUGUACCGCUGCUUUAGCAGGGGCUGCUGUACUUAACCAUGCUGAAGUUAUAUCCUUUCUAAGGGAUGAGGAUACUGGACGGAUAGUUGGUGCUCGGAUAAGAAAUCAUUUAUCAGGGAAGGAGUUUGACACGUAUGCAAAGGUUGUUGUAAAUGCCGCUGGACCAUUUUGUGAUUCUGUGAGGAAGAUGGCGGAUAGAGAAGCAAAGCCAAUGAUCUGUGCCAGCAGUGGUGUCCAUGUAGUGCUUCCCGAUUACUAUUCCCCAGAUGGAAUGGGAUUGAUUGUUCCCAAAACUAAGGAUGGUCGUGUUGUCUUCAUGCUUCCAUGGUUAGGGAGAACGGUCGCUGGGACCACCGACUCAAACACCAGUAUUACAAUGCUACCGGAACCACACGAGGAUGAGAUUGAAUUCAUAUUAGAUGCCAUCUCAGAUUAUCUUAAUAUUAAGGUCCGGCGCAUGGAUGUUCUGUCGGCUUGGAGUGGCAUUCGACCAUUAGCUAUGGAUCCAAAUGCAAAAAGCACUGAGAGUAUUUCUCGAGAUCAUGUUUUAACUGAAGAUUUUCCUGGUUUAGUUACAAUUACAGGUGGAAAGUGGACCACAUACAGAAGUAUGGCAGAAGAUGCAGUUGAUGCAGUUAUAAAGUCCGGGAAGUUGAGCCCUGCAAACAAAUGCAUGACUUACAACCUACAGCUCGUGGGUGCCGAUGGAUGGGACCCAUCAUCUUUUACCGUACUAGCACAGCAGUAUGUGCGCAUGAAGAAGUCGUAUGGAGGAAAGGUUGUUCCAGGUGUUAUGGACACUGCUGCAGCAAAGCAUUUAUCACAUGCUUAUGGUACUUCUGCCGAAAGAGUGGCUGCCAUUGCACAGAAUGAAAAUAUGGGGAAGAGACUAGCUCAUGGGUACCCAAUCCUAGAAGCCGAGGUUGCGUACUGUGCUCGGAAUGAAUACUGUGAGUCAGUGGUGGACUUCAUUGCCAGAAGAUCCCGCCUUGCUUUCCUCGACACAGAUGCUGCCAGGCGGGCAGUGCCUCGUAUCCUUGAGAUAUUGGCUGCCGAGCACAAGUGGGACAAGUCGAGGAAAAAGCUCGAACUCCAAAAGGCUCAAGAAUUCCUCGAGACCUUCAAGUCAUCGAGAAAUGCUCAGUUCCAUGAUGGCAAACACAUCUAA